AUGUUGCGUGUGUAUAAAAGCAAUUAUGUCAAUUGGUUAGAAUUGGUUGGUAGCUUUCGUGUCGCAUUGGUUAAAUUCGCAGUUGAGCUGGCAGUGAACAUGAACAAACUCAUAUUUUUUGCAGUUUUUCUUAGCACUUUUUUUAUAACGGUUAAGCCAAAAUUGGAUUUCAGUAAUGCCGUUUGCAUUUCGCUCGAUCGGCCAUUCGUGUACUUCGACCAAUGCAUUCUGAAAGCGGUCAAUCGCACUUACAAGUACUUCACAAUGCGUGCGAAAUUCCCCCAAAAGCAACCAGUCUCGAAUAUAUCGAUGACGUUUGCUUUAUUGCGUAAAGCCAACGGUUAUAAACCGUUUCUGUACAAUUUCACCAUCGACGCCUGCAAAUAUUUGAAGAAGCGCAAUAAUCCAGUCAUCAGAUACUUUCACAGCUGGUUCGAGAGCUACUCCACUAUAAAUAAGACUUGCCCAUAUGGGGUGGAAGAUGCGGUUGUUGAAAAACUGCCCAUCAGCUAUGUCAACCAUGUAGCCACGGAGGUUCUACCAUUACCAACGGGGGAGUAUGCUUUUCACACCGACUGGUACUUCUAUGGCGUUAAGAGGGCCAUUGUGAAGGUCUUCUUUCAAAUUUUCUAA